CUCGUUGGACGCCCCUGAAGGGCUCGCCCGCCCCCCCUCCCGCACCCGUCCCCCGCGCGCUCCGGGCUGGCGGUGGGCGAGGGUGGGGACACCACCCCACCCCAAAGGCAGUGGUUGUCCUCCAGUCCAGUCCCCCUCCCCGGAUCGCACCGUGUGAUUCUGGAGAAACGGCUGCCCCGCCAUCUGUGCGCCUGUUCCAAGGGGUCACAGUGACAUCUGCAGCCCCUGCUCCUAACUGCACCUGUGCUCCCUCCUCCCUCCACUUGGGACACCCCAGCUCUGAUGAUGAUGCUGGUGGUGGCGGUGGUUUAUUGUGUCCUUACUAUGUGUCAACGGACAGCCCUGGUAUAUCCAUUUCCCAGGACCAGCGGGACCCCAUGAUGUCCCCUUGGCCCCUGAGUCCCUUUCUUCUCACUCCCUGCCUGGCCAUUGUGUCCGAAUCUUGGCCCGGCCACUUCCUAGAGGUGGGAGCUUGGGCAGCUGGCAUGGCUCCCCUGCGCCAGGGUUUCCCCAUUUGCCAAGUGAGGGUGGUUGUGACCUUCUCAGAGGGCUGAUGUCUCCUGAUGCUGUGUGUCCUGAGCGGUUUGUGUGAAUCCUCCUCAUGGCAUGUCCCCGGGAGGCGGUGGAACUCCGUCCUAUUGUGCAGAAGGCUUAACUGAGGCUGGGAAAAGUGUGCACCUGGCCCGGAGCCACACACAGAGCGACAGACUCAGGAAUGAAACCCAGAACAUCUGCCUCCGGAGACUAGACUCCAGUGUAUUUCCUCACCAGCCGCUGGGGGUCAGACACCACCUGGGAGGACGGCCUUUCUUCCGGUCCUGCCCUGGCCCUCCCACUUCUGCGAUCAAGAGCCCGCACAGAAUCAUUUCCCAGGCCUCUGUAUCCCUGGAGUUUGCCGGGCGCUCUGCCUUGAGGAUCACAGCACUGGCCUGUAGCCUCAGUUGGACUCUCUCCUCCCUUGAAGAUUUUUCUUUAUUUUGGCUCAAAUUGACCUUGAACUUCAUGAUCCGUAGCAGGGGUGAGGGAGGCCUGGGGCACGUGUCUGGGGCUCAGGGCAGUGCCUGUUUGCCAGCUGGCACAGAAUUAUCCUGUCCUUUUACUCCCCAGCGUGGCUACCAUUGUGUGUCCAGCCCAGCUCCAGUACCCAGACCCAAGUCCUCCACUGCUCAAUGGACACCCCCAGCCCAGACCCGUUGCCUUCGCCUUUGCCCGGGGAGGAAGAGAAACCUCUGGCCUUACCUUCUGCUGUCCCCCGUGGCCGCCCGGGUGAGCGUCCGGGAGGGGCCUCCUCCUCCAAUCAGACGCUCAAGGCCUGCCCCCCUCGCAAACGAGGCCGCCCCCCCAAGUCAGGGCAGGAGCCCCCGCUGGCACAGGGGGUGACCGCCCCGGUGGGCAGCGGCCACGAUGGCAACGACCUCCUGCUGAUUGAUGAUCAGGGUGUGCCCUAUACCGUCUCAGAAGGGGCCUUGGCGGACGGGCCUGAGGGCUCGGGCCCCAAGAAGACCCCGCACUUCUGCCCGGUGUGCCUGCGGGCCUUCCCCUACCUCUCGGACCUGGAGCGCCAUAGCAUCUCGCACUCCGAGCUGAAGCCACACGAGUGCAAGGACUGCGGCAAGACCUUCAAGCGGUCCAGCCACCUGCGGCGGCACUGCAACAUCCACACCGGCCUGCGGCCCUUCCGCUGCCAGCUCUGCCCCCGCCGCUUCCGUGAGGCUGGCGAGCUGGCCCACCACCACCGCGUCCACUCCGGGGAGCGCCCCUACCAGUGCCCCAUCUGCCGGAUGCGCUUCACAGAGGCCAACUCGCUCAGGCGCCAUGCCAAACGCAAGCACCCCGAGACCAUGGGAGCCCCCGUGUGUCCCCCAGAACCAGGGCCUGAGCUACCAUGGGACCACGAGGGCAUCCUGGCCACAGAAGGGGCCGAGGAAGAGGAGGAGGAGCCGGAGGGAAAAGAGCUGGCCUGACCCACACCCCCGGCCAGGUUUAGGGCUGGGGGUUCAGCUGGUGCUGCGCCUGGGUCGUGUAGCCCAGACACCCUCCUGUCUGGUGGGAUUCUUGUUGUGGGAGGGGGUUGCAGGUGAGGACCGCAACUUCUGGUGGGCCCUGCUGCCUUCUGCCACCUUCUCCCGGACUUACAGGCCCUUGGACGCAGGGGCCACAGAAAUAAAUCACUGCCCCCUGGC